UAUUCAUGGAAACUCAAUGGAAGGGAAUAUUUGAUUCCCUUAGAUUGAAAGUUUAGUAAAAGCCAAUAGAAAUAAAUUAAAUGAACGAAGACAAAGCGCGUUAAUAAUAAUCUUGGUCUUUGUCCACCAUUCACAUUUCAUAAGACUCUAUAGACUCAAGAGUCUAACACUUUCCACUCAUUCUUCUUCUUCUCAUUACAAAUUAAAUAUAUAAAUUAUAAAUAAAGUGUUAUGUACUAUGUUGCAUUAUAUAUAUAUUGAUUGAACUUGCAUAUAUGUUUUCACGUACGUACUUGACAUGAAAUACAAACGAGCCAUGGAUCAUGAAUCAACAACAACAUAUGAUCUUCAAUUGCCUGGUUUUCGAUUUCACCCCACCGAAGAAGAGCUUCUCAACUUCUACCUCCAUGCCUUUGUUUUCGGUAAGAAACUUCGUGGCGAUAUUAUCGGCUUUCUCGAUGUUUACAAGCAUCACCCUACUCACUUACCAGGUAUAUACAUACAUACAUUAACAAUAACUUCAUUAUAAUUUAGAACCGUAGUUUGGUUAUUGAUGAAUGAAUCUUUAAUGAAACAGGUAUGGCUAAAAUUGGAGAGAGAGAAUGGUACUUUUUCGUACCUAGAGAGAGAAAACGUGGCAGUGGAGGAAGGCCAAACCGGACUACAGAAAACGGAUUCUGGAAGGCGACCGGUUCCGAUCGGAAAAUACUAAGUUUAUCGGAUCCGAAAAAGAUGUUAUUAGGCCUGAGGAAAACACUUGUCUUCUAUGAAGGCAGAGCGCCAUGUGGAAGAAAAACCGAUUGGAUCAUGAACGAGUAUCGUUUACCCGACGAUACAUCCUCCCAAUUAGCCAAGGAGAUAGUGUUGUGUAAAAUAUACAGAAAGGCGACGUCGUUGAAGGUUUUGGAGCAGAAGAGGGAGGUACAAAUGGAAGAUGAAAUAAAUACGUAUCCGAUAAUCACAUCAAUGGAAUCGAUGAUCCCGUUUUGCAAUCAAUUUGAAGAAAAGGCGGAGUUGUUGAUUAGUAAUAAUAAUAACGGGAUAAUGCUGCCUAAUGAGAGAGAGGGUUUAACAGAGCUACACGUGCCUAAAUUAAGUAUGGAGUAUUGGGAUCAAGAAUCUUUCUGGACGUUGGAUAAUCUCACCCCUUUCUUGCCGAUGUGCUAAUCCGAUUUUUCUGACUUGUACUUUUAAGAUGUAUGUUUAGGCCUAAUUAAUUAAUAAUUUUGUUGAUUGUGUUAUGAUUUUUCUU